AAUCAAUAUCUCUUCUUUAGAAUGAUAAUUCGAUAUUGAAUACAAAAUAGAAUUGAGGCUAUUCUCUCCUAGGGAGCUCAAUUUAUUCCGAAUUAGCAUAGUAGCUUUGAGAGAAGUCGUUUGGCACAUAAACAUUCAAGUUUCGGAGGCAGACAGUGGUCUAUGUUAUUGUUCUCCAGUAGUGAUGUUUGUUAGCAUAGUUGAUUAGGGAGUUUAGUGGCAUCUUACACAGUGUGACAGUCCAUCUAUAGUGAAAGAGAGAGAGCGCCCGCGCCUAUACGCGGACACUUUCAGGUCUGGCUGGUGAUCUGCGAGUGAGAGCGAGUCUAGUGAGUCUCGGAGCAGGAGCCGAGACCUCCUCCACUAAUAAAGAGAGAGGGGGCUUCCAAAGGUUGGGCUUUGCACAUUUGUAAUCAAACCAAUCAGAGACCCCUCUGAGAUUUCGGCUAGAGCAGCCACUCUGAGGCAGGCAGCACACUAUUUCAAAAGAAGAAAAGCGUUCUCAAAUUAGGGGGUGUAUCCAUCGCUUUAAGCCCCUUUUAUGGCAAUGCCUUUCGCCAGAUGUUAGUAUUACUAGUUCGUGUCCUGUCAGAUUUGAGAAUGAGCAGGGCGCGAAGGAGCACAACACGAGCUUGAUUUGAUGAUCUGCCCACUUUUGAAACGAAUAUCAUCACCACUGCUACUGCUUACUCUCAAUAUUUAUUUCCAUUUAGCACCGACGGUUUACCUCUUGCCUUGUCAUCGUUUCCAAGGAGUUGAAACGGGAGUUGUUGGUGCUGGUGCCUGGGAUUUUUACUUCUUCCUUUGCUAGCUCCGAUUACUUGUGUGGAGGAAAUGGCAACGCCAGCGUUUGAGAGAGGAACUCAACUGGAAGAGGAGAGAGGAAACUGGAGCUGAAUGACAGGAUGCAGCAGACAACCUGAGACAUAUCCAGACACAUUUCAACUGCCUCAGUCAAGACACUUCUGCUUUAUUUGUUUUCCUUCAGCCCCAAGCUUGAAAAUAAGGAAGACUAACACGGCCUGAAAAACCUUUGGAGGAGUUUUAUUUAGGUUCGUUUUUUGUUUUUCCUAUGAAUAUUUUUCUAACAAAACAAGGAUGCAUUGUGGAUUAGUGCUGUUCCUCUUAAUGGAAAUCUUCUUCGUUGCUAAAGCUUUCAAAAAUGACAAGUGUGGGGACAACAUCAGAAUAACGAAUGCAAAUUACCUCACUUCACCUGGCUAUCCGGCAUCAUAUUUGCCAUCUCAGAAAUGCGUUUGGGUGAUUACAGCGCCUGGACCUCACCAGAGAAUUCUAAUCAACUUUAACCCGCAUUUUGAUCUCGAGGACAGAGAGUGCAAGUAUGACUAUGUGGAGGUACGUGACGGCGUGGACGAGAGUGGGCAGCUGGUAGGGAAGUACUGUGGGAAGAUAGCCCCAUCACCCGUGGUGUCUUCUGGGUACCAGCUCUACAUCAAGUUUGUGUCCGACUACGAGACCCAUGGAGCAGGCUUCUCCAUCCGCUAUGAGGUCUUCAAAACAGGUCCGGAAUGUUCCAGGAACUUCACAUCUAACAAUGGGGUAAUAAAGUCACCUGGUUUUCCAGAGAAGUAUCCUAACAACCUGGACUGCACUUUCAUGAUCUUUGCCCCCAAGAUGUCCGAGAUCAUCCUGGAGUUUGAGAGCUUCGAGCUUGAGCCUGACACCACGCCUCCCACCGGGGUCUUCUGUCGAUACGAUAGGCUGGAGAUCUGGGAUGGCUUCCCUGGAGUUGGUCCGUACAUUGGGCGGUACUGUGGUCAGAACACCCCGGGUCGUAUCAUCUCCUACACGGGCAUCUUGGCACUGACAAUCAACACCGAUAGUGCCAUCGCCAAGGAGGGCUUCUCUGCCAACUUCACUGUGUUGGAGCGGACUGUGCCAGAGGAUUUUGACUGUACAGACCCGUUAGGUAUGGAAUCGGGGGAGAUAGCAUCAGAGCAGAUCAUAGCUUCUUCUCAGUACAACCCCGGCUGGUCCCCUGAGCGAGCCAGACUCAACUACUACGAGAACGCAUGGACACCAGGAGAGGACAACAAUAAGGAGUGGAUACAGGUGGACUUGGGUUUCCUUCGGUUUGUGUCGGCCAUCGGAACACAGGGGGCCGUUUCCCAGGAGACCAGGAAAACCUACUGGAUCAAGUCCUACAAGGUGGAUGUCAGCUCUAACGGAGAAGACUGGAUCACACUAAAGGAGGGGUCAAAACAGAAGGUUUUCCAAGGGAACACCAACCCUACUGAUGUUGCCAGGACGAUGCUUCCCAAACCCACUCUCACCCGCUUCGUCCGGGUCCGGCCCAUUGCCUGGGAAAUGGGCAUCGCUCUGCGCUUCGAGGUGUACGGCUGUAAGAUAUCAGAGUACCCAUGUUCGGGCAUGCUGGGCAUGGUAUCAGGUCUGAUCACAGAUGCCCAGAUCACAGCUUCAUCCCACACUGACCGGAGCUGGGUUCCUGAGAAUGCCCGCCUGCUGACCAGCCGCUCCGGGUGGACCCUGCUUCCCCAGCCCCAGCCCUUCACCUCAGAGUGGCUACAGGUGGAUCUGGGGGAGGAGAAGCUGGUGAGAGGACUCAUCAUCCAGGGAGGGAAACACAGAGAGAACAAGGUGUUCAUGAAGAAGUUCAGACUGGGAUACAGUAACAAUGAAUCUGAUUGGAAGAUGGUCCAGGACGCUAACGGCAACAAGCCAAAGAUUUUCGAGGGGAAUCAGAACUACGAUACACCAGAGCUGAGGACUGUGGAGCCCUUGCUGACACACUACAUCAGGGUCUACCCAGAGAGGUCCACCCCUGCUGGAAUGGGCCUCCGACUCGAGCUCCUGGGCUGUGAGAUUGAACCUCCCACUCCCCUCCCUACCACACUGGCAUCCACCACUCCGUCAGAUGAGUGUGAUGAUGACCAGGCCAGCUGCCACAGUGGAACAGGUGAUGACUACGAUGUGACAGGUGGAACCACAGUGCCAGAGGGCAAGACAGAGGUGGAUACCAUCCCAGCGUUCCUGUGGUUUGCGUGUGACUUUGGCUGGGCCAACGACCCCUCGUUCUGCGGCUGGACCUCAGAGGACAGCGACUUCAGAUGGCAGAUACAGUCCAGCGGCACGCCCACGCUCAACACCGGACCCAACAUGGACCACACAGGCGGAUCCGGUAACUUCAUCUACACCCUAGCGAUGGGCUCCCAGGAAACGGAGGUUGCUAGGCUGGUCAGUCCGGUGGUGACAGUCGGUCAGUCUGACCUGUGCGUGUCAUUCUGGUACCACAUGUUCGGCUCUCACAUUGGCACGUUGCACAUCAAACAGAGGAAGGAGACGGUCGAUGGCAUGGCUGACAUACUACUGUGGACCAUCAGCGGUCACCAGGGCAACCGCUGGAGAGAGGGACGCGUGCUGGUACCGCACUCCAGUAAACCCUAUCAGGUGGUGAUUGAAGGGUUUGUGGAGAGGAAGAGUUGGGGUGACAUUGCUGUGGAUGAUAUCAAGAUCCUGGAUAAUCUGAACAUGGCUGACUGCAAGGAUCCUGAUGUUCCUACAGAGCCCAUGCUGCCUGAAGACCGAUUUAAUGAAAUUAUUGUGGAUAUCACAGACUUCCCUGACAUGAUGGAGGACAAUGAGAUCCUCAACGGUGUCAGUGGCGGGGCAGGCAACAUGCUGCAGACAUUGGACCCCAUCCUCAUCACCAUCAUCUCUAUGAGUGCCCUGGGGGUCUUCCUGGGGGCAAUCUGUGGAGUGGUCCUCUACUGUGCCUGCUCACAUGGCCACAUGUCAGACAGGAACUUAUCCGCUCUGGAGAACUAUAACUUUGAGCUUGUGGACGGAGUCAAGCUAAAGAAAGACAAACUCAACUCACAUAACUCAUACACAGAGGCGUGAGCGGGAAGGGGGAUGUGAGAUGUGUGUGUGGGGAGUGUAGUAUGCCGUGAGUGUGCACAAGACUGUAGGCAUAGCCAAGACUCAAUGUGUGGCUGGGGCUAAAGGAAGUGCUGGAGGCCUCUCAUUGGAGGAGGCCCAGGUUCAGGAACCAAUGGGAGGUUGUGAUUGAGCCAUUGCUUUUCUCAGGAGCUGCAGUAAUGGGAACCUACCAGUAGGAGACACUGUGUACAAAAUUAAAUACAGGAGGAAAAAAUAUGUACAGAUGAUUAGAUUAUUAUUUAAAUUGUUCUAUUUGAUUUUCAUUCAUUUUUACAAUAGGAUGCUGGUGUUGAGACCAAUUUAAUAAUCACAAUGUUUAAAGUAUUUAUCAUAUUCUGUGAGGAAGAAACAUUUUUGUUAUUCUAAUUAUUUUAAAUCAAAGUCAUUUUUGUGUUGAAGAAGAAGUAUCAAAACCCUAAAUUAACCAUAACUGACAAUAUUGUUGGUCAUACUGCACCAUGGGGGAGUAGCAGCAGGGUGUCCCCCCCCCUGACCUCUGCCCCUGUCUACAGGUGUGGGUCAGAGGUUAAAGGUAAAGGUUGCACCCCUUGGCAGUAGAUGGUUCUGAGUGCCUUUAAUACAUAUUUGUUGGCUUCCUUGUUGAUUUUGGAGUUUUGACAUCUCUUACGUUCUGACAACGUUGUGACAUCUGAAGCAGGGACUUUAAAUUAGCUAAUAAUCAAGUCUGCAAAACAGGAUCCAAUCCCUCCAUGGCGCUUUUCUCUCUCUGUCCCAGACCCACAUAUAAUUGUAUAUACGUUUUAAUAUAUUUUAAUUAUUUUAAAGAAAGAAAUUGAAAAAAAGCUGCAGUAUCCAUUUUUCCAAUGGGUUGUGUGUUGUAAAUACAAUCAUCUGCCUGUUGUUGUGAAGAGUGAAGUGUUUUGGUUUUAUUGUUUCAUUUCGAGCAGGCUCUGUGUGCUGUGUAAAGAUAGGCCAGUGCACAUUCAAAGAAGACAUGUUCUUGUUCUACAUUUUCUAGAUGCAAUCCACUUCAUGGCACCACGGGGAGGACGAAGAAGUUACUAUAAACAGAAAAGAAAAAAAGAAAAACAGUUGUAUUCAUGUUACUAACUUCUAUACACUAAUUAACAUAUGGCAGCCACACAUCCCAUAUCCUUCUGUGGUCACAGGGUCUAUCAUAUCUCAUAUCAACUGCAUUAGUGGAAGAAGAUAUGUAUAAUGUCUGCCAGCAUACCAAAAAAAUAACUAUUGCUAUAGCUACAUGGAGUUGACCAGUGGCUAGUUAUUUACAGCUACAUACAUCUGUGGUUUGUCAUACAAAAAAGUGUUAACUUUUACGAACAAGCAAUUCAUUAUCCAACACCUUAAUCCUCACUAGUGAGAUAUACUGAAGGGAGGAUGGAUUACAUAUACUGGGGUAUAUCAAUGGUGCUAUCGCAUUCACACUGCAGGCUAGAUGCUCAUAAUCAUAACUAUAACACAGUUUGUAUUGUAUUGUCACAUACUUUACCCUACUAUGGCCUAGUCGUGCCGUAAGGUUUAUGUGUAACGUGUAGCAGCCAUACGCUGUGAUGUCAGGGCUGAUUUCAUUAGGAAGGGACGCUGGUACAGAGCUAAGGGGUUGAGUGAUGUCAUCAAGCAUGGCGAAUCAGGCCACUUGCCCUGUUGUCAUUACCAAAGGAUGAUUGGAUACCUUUUCUACUGGGGGAGGGGUUUGUUAUCAACACACUACUACUACUGGACUGCAGCAUUUCAACCACAAUCACCCCUUUUCAACAAAUGUUCACAGUAAAUGGACUGGACUCCUGGCAAAGUCACGAGGGGACGGUGGGUUGACUGUUGAAAUUAUAAUGUUCGAUGGUUCAUAUUUUUUCAGCUGAAGUUGCAUCCAUGUGAACUCUGAAAUCUCGAGUCUUGGAUUUCAGACUCACUUUACCAAUCAAUCUAGCUAUCAAUCCUCCUAGAGUGUUUGGGAUGGAGAAGUAAGGGGAUCUGUAGUAAGGACUUAGUAAGAGGCUCACAGUAUCAGGUCUGAGGAGGACUUGACCAUUGGAAAUGUCCAGUGGAUUUUCUACACCACUACCAUCAGAGAGACAUAAUGAUGUUGAACAAGAGGACAUCUGCUACAUCUGUGUGCUAUGUCGUGUGCUGUGGUGAACACAUUCUCAGCUUGGGUUUUGUUCAUUUCAGGUUUGAUUUCCCACUUUGCAAUGCUUACUGUUUUAUGCAUUUAGCUUCGAGGACAGUAGCCUCAAUCUGGUAACUAGAGAAAAUGGAUACUGUAGCGUGGAAACUAAAAAUAAACAAUGUUGCACUGAUAAAUAUAUUCAAUAAGGUUGUCAUUUGUAAACAAAAACAAAAACAGAAAAAACUGUGUUAAUUUCCUUUCUUAUUUUUAUAGUUUCAGAUUAUGUGAUAUAAUUCUGAAAUGUACAAAUUAUUGAGAAGUUUUCAUUAUUGAAAAAGGUACACAAAUUUCCUAUAGUAAUGUAUCCAUUUACCUGAAUUAUUAUUGCUUCGUUUUGUACUGUCAUUAACAUUUUGUGCAACUUCUUUUUACAAAAAAAUUUGUAUUUUCAAUACUGCUUCUACUAUAUAAUUAAUUCUGUAAUUUGCUGUUGUAGGAAAAGAUGAAUAAACAGCAAGGCCUUAAAAAAACUGA